AUGCCCUCAUAUGCUAAGUUCCUAAAGGAAAUCUUGUCAAACAAGGAAAAAUUGGAGGAUUAUAAAACUGCUGCAUGUACUGAAGAAUGCAGUGUUAUAUUACAGAAUAAGCUUCCCCCUAAGCUUAAAGAUCCAGGAAGUUUCUCUAUUCCAUGUCACAUUGGAGAGACAAGUAUUGAAAAGGCAUUGUGUGAUCUUGGAGCUAGUGUAAGUUUGAUACCACUCUCCAUUUGUGAAAAGUUGAAGGUAGGAGAUUUGAAGCCCACCACCAUUUAUUUGCAACUAGCUGACAGAUCUAUCAAAUAUCUAGUGAAAAUUUUGGAGAAUGUGCCAUUGAAGGUUGGAAAAUUUUUUAUUCAUGUGGAUUUUGUGGUUCUAGAGAUGGAGGAGGAUGUAAGAACACCCAUCAUACUUGGAAGACCAUUUUUGGCUACUGCAGGAGCUAAUAUAGAUGUAAAGAAUAGGAAAUUAAAGUUGAAAGUGGGAGAAGAGGAAAUAGAAUUCAAUUUAUUCCAAGAUUCCAAGAUAUCGACUGUGGUAAAUUCUUGCUAUAGGGUGGAUGUUAUAGAAAAUGAUACUGGAAUGGAAGAUAUUAAGUUGGAGGGAAGUCAAAUUACUCUUCAUUCUCAGUGUAAUCAGCAUACAGUGCAAAAGUAA